AUGGAUCGCCGCCGUCCGCUUUCACAAAAAGAGCUGGAAGCGCCAAUUGAGGAUAUUGAAGGAAUCUCAGAUUCGGAACCGUUUUCUGCUGACUCCAGUGACAAUUAUGAACCAGAUUCCGAUGAAGGAGCAAGCAGUGAUACGUCCGAUAUGUCUAACUCAGACAUCGAUUUUGCGCCUUCACCACAGGUAACUGUUGGUAGAAACCAAGUUCUUGACUGGGUCAUUCCUGAUGAAACAUUUGCGCCUGCUAAAAUCCUUCCUCCUGAAAGAGAAUGUAAGCUGGCUCCAGAUAUCACCAAGCAGUUGACACCUAUGCAGAUUUUUCAUAAAGUAUUUCCUCAUUCUCUUUAUUUGCGCAUUGCAAAUUGUACAAAUGAACGCCUAAAAAUCUUAAACCAAUUAAAAAGGAGGAAUGAGAACAUGACUGACAAAGGAGAAAUACAGAGGCAUUACAUCUUCCUGUGGAGGGAUCAACAAGAAGAAGAUGCACUAGAUGUUCUGAAGAGAAAAAACAAACAAGAACAAAACUCUUUGCCAGGAGUGCAAUAUUCCAUUGUGCAAGUUCUGUUUUAUGUUGUAUCAUACCAAAUAGUUAUUUAG